GUUACUUUGCGUCCUUUUGCCGGGAAUGUCGGACCACGUGUGUCCUACCGGCGUGCUUGUUCCUCUGGUCCUCGAUUCAUCUCUCCUCAUUCCUAAACGAGUCGGGUCCAGGGAGUGUACCAGCAAGAUGGCGGUGCGGUGGGGUGCUGGCGAGGAUACGUUAACUGCAUGUAAUAUGGAUAUGUUCCAUAUGGAUACACUUGACGAGACUGAUGGGCUGAGCCCCGCAGAGACUCUUGAGGCCCUUCAAAGCUGUUUAGACCCUUCGAUUCUUUCCAUCUUUGAGGACAGUCCAACAAUAGAGACUAAAGGAAUAGAUGAGGAAAGUGAAGCCACGCUGCUGACAGCCCUGACAGAGAUUCUUGACAAUGUGGACGAUGAGAACCUGUCCCCAUUUGACACGCUGCCUGAUUCAGACCUGCUGUCCGGUCAAAAGGGCCGGGAACACUCUCCGCUCAGGAGAUUGCUGUGUCUCUCACGUUCCCCUCCAGAGAAAGACACACACUUUAGCUCAGGAUCCUUCUCAACUGGAAAGAGCCUACCUAGGCUACUGGCCGCAUUCCAGAGAAGUGAUGGGGAGGAAGAGGAAGAUGGCUCCCUCAGUCUGAGCCCAAUGAGUCACAGUUUAUCUCCUGACAGUAACCAGCUACAGUGGGAAGAACUGACCCUCCCACUUCCUGACACUUUUGAGCAGGAGGUAGAAGAUGGUAUUUCAGUUAGCCUAGGAGAGUUGGUCAGACAUAUGCACCCGUACUGUAUGGCCUAUAGUAUGGAGGGCGACGAGGGGGAACAGAUGUUGCCCGAAGGAGGCAUCUUACUUGAAGUUGUAGACCAGGGUGAAAAUGGAGAACCCAUCUUUGCAAUCCAAGAUAUGGAUCUGCCGGGAUCUUUUCCAUUUAGAGAAGAAGAGCAGUUCUUAGAGCAUGAAGCAGAAGAAGUUGCCUCAGACACUUCCGAGCAUAUAGUCGUUGACGAUGAAGAUGAAGUGUUAUCCCCUGUGACAUCACACCUAUGUUUAGAUGUGAAAGAUGCAAUGGUCAUCGAGAGACAGAAGGAUGAGAUAAGAGAGAAAAGUCCGUCUCGGAGAAAAAAGAAAAAGAAAUGCAAGGAACAGCACCAACCCAAACCUGUGGAGGAAAGGGUCUUGAGAAGUGGCAAAGUAAGAAAGAUGCCACAGGAAUCUCUGAAAAAACUUGAAAGGUCAGUCAAAGAAAAGAAGAAAAACAAAGCCCCACAGCUUCCUCUUGUCUCACCUCCAGCUCCCUCAACUGUAAAACCUAAUAAAUUAAGUUCAUGCCAAACUGAAAUCACCACCAAAAAACCUCAAAUGAAUGUGCAUGUUGCCACACCUGUGUCACCUAGACAGGAACUAGCAUCCUUAAAAGCUAGCCCUGAGAAGAGUCCCCCUAGCUGUUCCCCCUCAACAGUGAGCUCCCAGCAGCCUGAAGAAAUGCCUAAACAGCUGGCCCCUGAGAAGCUGGAAGUCUCAUCAGCAGUUCCCUCUGCUGUCCUGCCCCGCAUGUCUUCAGAGAGCCCUGCAGCUGCUCCUACUCCAGCAACACCCCAGAUGAUGCCACCUGUUAGUGAGGCCCUUCCUCCAGCAGGCCCUGUAGUCCCAGAGCCUAAGCCUAAAUCACUCAGUCUAGCAGAGUACCGGCGGCUCCGUCUGCAGAAGAAGCCAGCUCCGGUGGAAAAGGCAGACGACAACAGCACCAAGUGGCCCAGCCUUCCAGAGCUUCCUACAGAGCUUCCCCUCAUCCCCUGCCUCCCCAACCCCAGCCCCAAAGACCUUCGACGGCCCAACCCCCAGCCAGAAGUGGUGGAGGUCCGGCCUGCCUGGCAGCCAAGGGGCCCAUGUGCACCACCCACACCCGAGGCACUGUUGGCGCCACCGGCCUACAUGGUUGCCUCAUCCAGCAAGGUUACACCGGUUCAUAAACCCCAGCUAAGACCUGAACCUUCCAAAGCUUCUCUUCCCCAAAAGCAGUCGGUCCCCGUGCCUGAGUCAGCACAGAGUUUACCCUCACAUCAUCAUACCAUAGCUCAACCUGCAUCACCUUGUGUGCCUCAAAGCUCUGCGCCUCCAGCAGAAGGGAAAUGCUCUCCCUCACUUUCAGGAAGAAAUGAUGAAAGGCCCCGAUCUCAGCCUGCAUCUCCAAAGUCUGUAGAGCUCACCAAAACCUGUUCUAAAACCACUACAGAGGCGAUCAAACCCAUUGCGGCUACUACCACUGUGUUUGCGCCCAGUGCCCCCCUGAAGAACAUUGUUGUUUUACAGAAGGUACCGGAGCUUACUGCUCCUAAGUCAUUAAGGAACCCCAUUACAACUGAUGGCAAAUCAUCAAAACCCACAGUCAAUGGUACCCAGAUGAGUUCUCCUGCAGCUACCCAGCUGAAACCUGUUCUACUUGAAACUAAAGAGAAGCCCACUGCAGCGGUGAAACCCCCGAAGGCAAAGAGCGCCACACAGGAGCUAAUUGAGGCUUUCACCACAGAGAUAGGUAUUGAAGCUGCUGAUCUGACCAGCUUGCUGGAGCAGUUUGAGGAAACCCAAGCCAAGGAGGGGAAAUGUGUGCCGGAGGUCUCUGGUAGAGCAGCAGCUGUAGGAAACUCGAGUUUUGAGUCGGCUCCAGAGAAAACGGUUGUGGAGCAUGUGAGAGCAAAUAACCUUUCGAGUCCUGCAGCUUUGACUCCUCCAGCUACUCCCCCACACCAGAUGUGGAAACCCCUGGCCGCUCUGGCCCUUCUUGGAAAGAGCAAGGUAGCUGAGGCCCAAAAGUUGAGCCCCGCCAAGGUUAUCCAGAUAGAAGCCCGGCCCUUGCCCUCAGUCAGGUCCCGCAGCAAACCCUAUCCUGCUGCUGCUACUGUCUCCGCCGAGUUGGCAUGCAUGGACCACGACUAUUGCCUCCCCAACAAAGGCCCUUCUGGAGAGCCAGGCAAGCGCUGGAAUGUCAAACAGCCAUCUUUUAUCACUAUUAAACCCAUCAAGCAACCCACUACACAAACUCCUCCUGCUGCCCUGGCAUUGUCUGCCACAAACUCUGUGAUUAAAGCCCAAACACGAAAGCUUCCUCUGGCAGAGCCCCUGGAUCACAGGACUGGUAUGACAGAGAGAAGCUCUGUCCUGGAGACUCCAGAUGCUUCCCCUGCUCGGCAGGAGACUGAUGUCACUGAGAAAGAAGGAGGCCCUAAGAGUGGGCAUUCUGGGAGAACAUACCGUCGACAAGCUGUUUCUCGCACACCCAGCCCCAGAUCCAGUUCCAAAGAGAGGACUGGAGGCCGCUCUAGAAAAAGAAGAUCCCAUCAUUCUCCCAGCCCCAUGUCCAGCAGUUCAGAGUCUGACUCCCAUUCCUCUAGAUCUCGGUCUAGAUCCCACUCACCAUCUAAGAAGAGGUAUCGUCCUCAUCAAUCUGAUAGUAGUUCAAGCUCCUCUUCCCGUUCUUCCUCUCGGUCUUCUCCCUCGGUGUCCCGCUCCCCUCCCAGAAGGAGGAGGCGGUUCUCAUAUUCCUCCUCUCGUUCAGGCUCUUGGAGUCGCUCGAGAUCACGCUCUGGGUCCCCUCACGGGCGAGCUCAGUGGAGCAGAACCAGAAGAUUGUACAGGUGCGGUAUAUGA